AUGGAAUUUGGGAAAUUAGGGAUUAAAACAAAUGGAGAGGGGGAGAUGUAUUUACCUGGUGAGGAUAGAGCACGUGGGUCAAUAGGAGGUGGACCAGCAAGCAUUUCCAGCCCAGGAAGAGAUGCCUUACCAGUUCGUGGCCCAAUACCUGAGAAGAGGAUAACAUCAGAGAGGCUUCAACUUCUUUUAUCUGAGGUGAAGGGCAAAGAUAUAACUGAGCUUAUUGCAUCUGGGAAGGAAAAGCUUGCCUCUGUUCCUUGUGGUGGUGGUGGUGUUGUUGUUGCAGCUGCUGCACCAGGAGCUGCCGUUAGCGCCGCUCCAGCUGCAGCUGAGACUAAGAAGGAAGAGAAAGCUGAGGAGAAAGAGGAAUCCGAUGAUGAUGUGGGUUUCAGUCUCUUUGACUAAGAAUAACCCCACAUUGAGCAAUCCACGAAGAG